AUGAAAAGCGAAGAGAAUUCUCCCGCUCUAACUUUCUGUAACGUCGUCUUCGUAUCAUUUGCAGCUGUAAUUGCUUUACAUGGCUCACUAAUAGCAUCGAAAAUCACUUAUCUGGUAAGAAAAUAUUUCCCCUGAUAUUAAUUCAAAUAAAAUUGAGGUCAAAAAGUUGUGGAGAACGCCACAUGACGAGAAUGUAACAGCUUCGAAGCAAAACGUCGCAAAACUUCAACAGAAGCUUGCUACUCUCUCGCCUGAAGCUGAAUUCGCGGCGUAUUUCAAAACUGAACGACAAUGGAAAAGUGAAAAAGAAAAGUUGGCUGAGUUAGGUUGGAUGAUAAGUUUUGAUUUUUCGCAAUACAUUUUGUUGCAGAAGCUGAGCAGGCCAAAAGCCUUCCAACAAAAUUGAGAAAUGUCGUUGGUCUUAUAGUACAAGCCGUUGGUCUGGUUCUUCUCCGCCAAAUUUCCCCAUUGACGGUAAUUUUAAGCUGCACAUUCCCCGAUAUUUUGCAAGCUUCCUUUUGAUGGGAGUUCUAAAAAUCGUCAAAUUUUUUGAGGCAUUCUGCAUUCCUGCAAACGUUCUUUGGCCCUUGAAUCAAAUGUUGAGGUUUCCGUCGAUUUUCGGCAACGACAGUUGUCCCGGAGGUAAAUUUACUGUCUCUCAUGUUUCCUUCAAAAAAGAACUUUUUUUAGAGUUCGCCGAAGUCUCAGCUUUCAUGGUUGCUUAUUUUGCACUCAGUUUGUUAGGGCAUCUCUUUAAUUAUUUCUUCAGGUCAACAAAAACAAAAGUUAAUUAAUAUGGUAUUUUUAUUGCUCUUUUCUUAUUGUUUUCUUUUCGAUGCAACUUAAACUCUGGACUAUCGGGUUCUAUGUGCCUCUUCAUUUUGUUUAAAUCUUUCGACUGGGUUCUGUUUACGAUUUCUCGUCUACGUUCCACAUGACACAGUUUAUGAAUGUAGUUUUUUCUUGAAAAUCAACUUUUUUAUGCUUAAUGAAAGUCUACUCAUUUAUGUCUAAUAUUCUCAAUGAGGGAAACUGAUCCCACUCAUUUCUCAAGUUCUGGUGUAGGUCGAGUCUCAUUCGCGGAUUGAGAGUUGAGCGGCGGCUUGAAGGCCGGAUGUUGGAGUUGGGACCUCCGUUGGUGUCGUUCGAGCCCGACCGCGACAACUAUGACGGCAACAUCACUCGGAACUUUUUCGACGUCUCCGGCCUUCGAGUGAGAAUCUUUUCUUUUGAUAAGAGGAGCUGAAAAAUUAAAUUUUUUUUUCAAUUAGCUCCUUUGGAAAAUUUUUCAUCAGAGAGCACCCCUCAAAAAAUGGAGCUUGAUCGAACUUUGCGUGAGUUUCAUUCUCGAUUUAAUGAUAAGUUUUUAUCAUCGAUUUUUUUUUUGGUGAUUUAACUGCUAAAAUAUUCUCAAGUUUAAUGUUGGAAAUCCUUUUUCACGCAUCGUGAGAACCUUGAAUUUUUAAUUCAUUGAAGUGAAUCUCAGUUUUGACAGAUAUGUACCAUGCGGAAUAAUGGAGCCUUGGGACUGACGGCCAAGUCUCUGACCUCUCCCAAAGUGACCAACGUUAGGUAUUUUCAAGGGAAAAACAAAAACAUUUUUGGUCUGGUUUUCAGAACAAAAGAUCGUGGAGAAACGUCAACCGUCAAGUUUUCGCCCAAUGGAAUGUUCUGCGCGAUGCAGAGAACUUCUAAUGCGGCUGUAUUAUUUUUUGUUAUCUCGAGAGAUUUUAAAUUUCUUCAGGACAUCAUCUUUUUGGAGAAGGUCGAAAACCAACUUUGCGUGGAAAUGUCCAUUUCAACAAAGUCUAAGGAACCCAUAUUGGCUGUUGAAUGGAUAACUAAUAGUCAGGUACUGGAAAGAAAGAUUGAUUCAUGAAAUCACUUCUAUUUCUUGAAGAUUUUACUCGGCACGAAUCAUGGAAUAGAACUCGUCGUCCUGAACGAAGACAAGAGAUCUUCGAAAGUUCUCCGAUCGAUGAACAUAAAUAUUGGCUGGGCCUCCUUUUAUGUUGUUUUUGCGAGGCUGGUAAAAAAGAAUGAAUAGUUUCCAGGCACCCGUCGGCUUGUUGAUCGUGGCCACUGGCUUUUCUUGUUCGAAUCUUCAGCCUAUAAUUGUCGCCCACUCACAAUUUACUCGGAUGAAGGUUAUUCUAAUAGAAAGCUUCUGUUUUCAAUGUUUAUAUUCCCCUUUUUGAAAAUUGGUUAUGUCAGAGGUCGUUUUGACCCUUGAACUGUAUUAUUAUCCGUAUUGAAUAAUGAAUCGUUGGUUCUAUCCUUUUUUACAGAAUUUCGAAGUCGAGUUCGGAGCUUCGAAUUCGAAGGAGAAGCUUCUCGAGAAGGACAUCACCAUGGCCACUAUGUUUGAUUUUUUUUUUCCGUUCUAUUGCUUUAAAAAAAAUCCAAAGCAGAUCGUAAAGAUUUUCACGGAAUCCAAGUAGUUAUUGACAAUUCAGCUAUGGCCGCGUCUACGUUAUGGUGUUGCGGUACAGCGUGCGGAACGCCUCUACUACCGAUUUGGCCCUUCACGAACUUCCUUCGGAUGCAACCACGCCCACCACCUUCAAAUAUUCCCUCAUUUUAGGUGAAUACUUCUCUAUUUUUUUGUCUUCAAAUAUUUUCUUUAGGUUUCACUGGUGGCUGUGGGAUCCACGCUUGCGACAAUUUGAUAAUAGUUCAUCAUCAGGUUUCUUUUUUGUUGAAAGCAAAGCCUAAGGAGAAAAAAAUGUCAAUUCAAAAGCAUACUUUCCGAGAAAAAAAGGAAAAAAUGUUAUCAAAAUCCUUUCAAAAUCUGACCUUCGAAAUUCAAACAUCUCCAAGGAGUCUCAUUUUUUGUUCGGAAUUUCCAGUCAUCGUCACUUUCCUAUAUUUUCGACGUCGGACUCUCGCCAAACCGUCCGAAUCAUUCGCCUUUAGUAACUGUCUCCUUGAGUAGGUUUCCUUCGUUCCGAAAGAUCUGAACGUUGUUUUUCCAGAACCAGAUCCCUCUCUACAGCCUCCGCCGGCUUUGUACACACAGUUUUGGUUCACUUUCUUGCCCAACAUUAUAAUUGGUGAACAGUCUGUAAUCGAAAUCCUCAUUCUGGAAAGUUAAGAUUCAAAUGCCGGUAUGAUGUAUUCGUUAUGUGUACGGAACGAGUAUGCGAAUGGAGAGAUUAGUGAUAAGGUAACUCCUUUCUUUCAUCCAUCACAGCUGAUUCUGUCUCACAAAUGCGCUCCUUCGCACAUCUUCGAAAAUCGGCGGACCUUAGUCGGACCUCGGUAACGCGAACCGCGAGACGAUUCUGAGUAAUCUCUGUGAAUUCUUAAACGACUUUGGGUCUCUUAAGUGAUUACUUGAAAUGCUCAGAAACUUUCGGCCUUGUUCUGUUUGCCUUACCGAAGUCCGAGUACUCAGAAACACUGAAAAGCCUGUCCAGUGGUUCAGAAAUCUACAAGAGCACCUUUUCAUUACUUGAAAAGUUGCCUUGAAUGAAACUUUGGUCAUUUCAAAAGUUCAGGACAUUCAUUCAGGCCCUACUUAUGGAAUAUUUGGCGCGGAGAAGCGGAGAAAAAGAUCUUUUCCUGCGCUCCCUGCGCAGUUGUCUUUCGGCGAGAGCGUUGUCCUUGCGACAGGCUCGUAAGCUUUUCAACUUCCUUGCGGGAAAUCUGGCGAGCGGCGGCUCCAACAGCACUACAGGUAAUCAUUUCUCAUCGAAAAAGUUGCCCUAUAAAACACUUUGUUCUAUUUUUCUCAUGAAAAAAAAUUGGAGGAGAGUGCAUUUCAAGAGGAUCGGCCGUCUUUAAAUUACUUUACAGUCAAAAUUUUUAUCCGUUUAUAAAAAAGUUCUCGAGAACUGAAAUUUUUUCACUCUUGUUGUUUUCAAGGUCUCUAUUAUAGAAAAUAAAAAUUUCAAAAGAAAAUUCUGUUUCUGGCUGAUCAGAUUUUUUUUUCAGAGGCCUCACAAAAAGCGGCUUUUGUCGUAAAACAGAGUCCUCCUUUGCUGAUUUCUCAACAGGAAAUGCAGAGCUCCGUUUUCUUUCCCAUGAGGGUUUUUCAACCCGUCAGAAAUGUUUUUAAGCGCUACUUUAUUCAGGAUGAUCCGAAUCUCCACAGCCCCUACGUCGCCAACACCAUGCUCCAGUACUUGAGAGCUCUUCGGGAUAAUUCGGUCGUCGUCGAAGCUUAUUUCAUCGAGAUGGUCGUCCAGACGUUGGCCGAGGCCGGCGAAAUGCGCAAACUUCACCAACUUGUCACCUACAGGGUUAGAGAGAGCUGAUCUCCGGCGUAAACAUUUGAUUCCUUAGGUUAUUGACGAUACGAAGCCUCUGGCCUUCCUUCUUCUCUCCUACGAAGCUCGUUGUCCGACGCUUUUCCAGAGUGGCGUCGAUAUUUUGGCCAGGUUCGUACUCAUUUGGUUUCAAACCACUGCUACAAGUUUUAAAUUAAAGAGCCUAGAAGGAGACUUCAAAAAGUUCAACUACGACAAAAUUUUUGCGUAACAAUUGCGAUACUAUGCUUUUUGAGCCAGUUUCUUGACCGUUUAAAUGUUUAUACUCCGUCUUUCGCGACUUGAAACUACGGUUUUUUCUGCGCCAUCCUUGUCUCUAGACGACCCUCUCAUGUUGACGUGCUUUUUUAUGUUUUUCUGACCUCGCCGGUCUAAGAACAAAGAGACGCAGAAAAGUCGCGGCGGACCGGCUAUAAUAGGGAGAGAAGAAAGAUAAAAUAACGAAAUCACGAAGAAUGGUUCAUUUCAGAAACAAAGCUUCUGAUGAGAUUGUCGAGGUGAUGCUGGAGAAAAACAACAUUGUUGACGCUAUUCGGUUAGUUUUGAAGGUUUUUUUAAAGAGAGAAGUUUAUUUUAUUCAAAAAAAGAUUUAAUUAUUAUUAUUUUUAAAAGGGAAACAAACUAAUGAUAAUUUUUUUGAGGUUUAUCGACGCCCGAGGCUUGAGCGAUUCGAUGAUUCCGAAGGUAGUGGAAGCGGCUGGAAAAAGGUGUUCGCGGCAGACGCGACACGCGAUUCGCGAGCAUUUGUGUGAGCGCAAAUCUAAAGGUAGACCCACGAAAAUGUUUUUUUUAAAUUGUUGAAUUAAUAUUUUGGUCUCUCAAUUAAUUUUCAGUACCCCUGAGCGACAAGUUUGAGAGUCUCUACUCGGAUGAAGAAGUUGAAGCCGCGGCCGUUGAAGUCGCCCAUUCGGCACUCUUCGAAUUUUAG